AUGCGAAGUCAUUGUCAACGAAAACAUAGAGAUGAGGUGUUAGUAGCGGAAGCAAUAGCAGUGUCAAAACUAGAUCCGAUAAGAGGCAAGGCUUUGUGGGCAGACAUAAAAAAUAAAGGAAACUUUAAUCACAAUCUUAGAGUGCAUGAAGGAAAGGCAAAUGAUUUAAUUGUGAGAAAAAGGCCUAAACUGGGAUCUGAAAAGGAUGUGAAUAACUAUGUUCCAUGUGUAGAUUGCCUUGGCUACUUUAACACAGCAACGCUCUAUCUACAUGCUAAGAACUGCCCCAAAAAACAGUCAACUUCUAAACAGGUAAAGCAUGUUAAAAGAGCUCGAAUGCUUUUACCGAUAAACCACAAAUCUGAAAAAAUAAGAGCUAUUGUAAAUACCAUGCGAUGUGGUCAAUUAACACUUGUUGUUAGAGGAGAUAAGGACAUACUAAAAGUUGGUGAAGAUACAAUAGAGUGUAAUUCUUCUAGAAAAGGAGAUCUUGUUAGAGAAAAAAUGAGGACACUUGCAAAAGUACAAGCAAGAUCAAUUUGUAACAAAAUUGUAGUUGCCCGUGAUAUGGUAAAACCUCAACAUUUCGACACAGUUGUUCAAGCAGCCAGAAAUGUAUCGGGUUAUGAUGAAGGGCGCGGAGAACAUCAAACCUACUCCUUAGCUUUAAAAAUUGGAUACUGUAUUGCUGAUCUUGCAGUAAUAGUUCGCAAUCAAUUGAUUAAGGAGCAGGAUCAUAAGAAGAAACAAGAGGUAGAUGCCUUCAUCCAAUUACGAGACACAGAAUGGAGAACAAAAAUCACCGCAGCAGCAUUAAAGCAACGACAGACGAAAAAAUGGAAGACACCAGCUAUCCUGCCAUUAACAGAAGACUGUAUGGCAUUCAAUCGAUUUCUGAAACAAAGAGAAAAGGAUGUGAAACUUCAGGGAAAUUUGGUUGAACUUGCAAAGGUAACCCUUUGCCAAGUAAUAAUCUUCAACAGGAGGCAACCCACAGAAGUAGAAAUGAUAACUGUAGAGGACUACUUAGAGAAAGCAAACCAGGAAAAAAGCAUCCAUGACACAAUAUAUGAAUCACUGAGCACAACGGAACGAGUUUCACUAGACAGAAUGACGGUUAUACAAGUUCGUGGAAAGCGGGGCAGAGGAGUGCCUGUCCUUCUGAACAAUGAAAUGAGGGAUACAUCAGAAGAUGCCACAACGCCACUUAGGGCAUCAAAAGUGAUGACUGAAUUGGCCCAGCAAUGCCCAAACCUGAAGCAUCCAGAAAACCUAAGAUGUACUAAGCUGAGGAAACAAUUAGCCACGCUAUCUCAAAUACUAGGACUGAAAAAUCAUGAACUUGAACAAUUGGCCAACCACAUGGGUCAUGAUGUAAGGACUCAUAGGGAGUACUACAGACUACUCGUGGAAACAGUUUUGCUAACCAAGAUGAGUAAGCUCUUACACAUAGCAGACUCUGGUAAAAUGCAUGAGUUUAAAGGCAAAUCACUGGAGGAUAUUGAUGUGGCACCAGAUGAGGUAGUGCCAUCUCUAGAUGAAGAUGAUGAUGAAGUAGAUGAUGAUGAGGAGAUUGAUGAGCAAAUAAGCGAAAAGGACAAUGAUUACGAAGUCAAGACACCAAAAGUCAUUUCCAGAAAGAAGUCAACAGCAUAUAAUAGAUGGAGCACUGGAGGAGUCAUUCCUAAUUAG